UUCUACCUUCAGGUUGAGCUAUCGCUGACUGUGGGUUUUAUUUUCUUUUUUAAAUGUGUAACUUUCAACAGUAAAAGAAAAAAAUGCCGCUCAGUAGAAACGCAAUUAAACCUCCGCUGCAUGACCAAAUAACGGAGAUGCAGCGUAAAAUCCAACUGCUUGAGGGCGACCGAGCUGCAUACUAUGAGAGCUCUCAGUCCACCAUCAAGAAGAACAGAGAGUCCAUCCUCCAGCUGAGGCAGGAGAACAAGAGGCUGUACAGAAAACUGGCAGAGGCUAAUGCUGGUGAUGAACAUAUCAUCAAAGUGGCCUUUCAUAACAGAGGCAUGGAGAAGGAUGCCUACCGCAACAUGUCAGGGAAGGUGGCCCUGACAACACUGGACCAAAGGGUGCUGUCAAAGAUGAAGCGCCUGAAUGCCCUAAAACACACCACCCAGACCUACCAACGGCGCCUUGAAGACCUUAAGAUGGAGUACCAGAGAAAGAAACCAGAGGGCUGCAGUGGAGCACAGUCUGCUGAUGCGCGCACUCGUAGAAAAGAGGAAGAUGCCAUAAAUCUGCGGGCACUGGAGAACAGUCUGGAGAAGACCCAGUUUAAGUGCAAGGAGGCUGAGAACAUCAUGACUAACUAUCUGAAACUCAAAAGUCACCUGCAGGAGGAGAGUCUGACUUUCCAAGGCCAGCUGGACAGUAUGGAAGCAGAAAUCCUGAACCACAGACAGGAGCUUCACACCCUGCAGGUCAUGAACAAUGAUGCCCAGCUCUCUAAAGAGGUUGCUAAGGCCGAGUUACAGCAGCAGGAGGAACAACUCUACAAGGAGCGCAAAGAGAGAGAGCGUAUUAUUGCCAGCUACAGGAAAAAGGUUGAGGAGCGCAAGGCCCAGGCUGAAAAAGUUGAUAGAAGGAUCCAGAGAGCAAAUAUGCAGCCAGAUGAGCUGAGCAGUGAGGCCCAGCGCAGCACCACCAGGAUGGCAGGUGAAGAGGAGAAGGCCGUCUCCACUUUUGAAGAGGCCUUCCGCCGCAUCAAGGAGGCCACUGGAGUCACAGAUAUACAGGAGAUAGUGGAGCGCUUUAUCUCACAAAAGGAGACACACCAACAUCUGGAGAAGCUGAAGGGAGAGAAUGAGAAUGUCAUGCAGCAGCUGAAGGAGCAGAGGGAGCUCCUGAACCAACAGUUUCAGGAUAUGAAAUAUUCUGGAGAGGCCAAACUCUCCAGUGACCAACAGAUCCUGGAAGAGUGUGAGCAGCAACUGCAGGCUCAGCAGCAGAGGUGCGAUGCAGCUAAAGAGCGCCUGGAUUGGCUGGUUAAAACCCUCAGGACUAUUCGAGCUGGAGUGGAGCACCUGGCAAACAAACUUCCACACAUCGCACUGAGUGAGGACAUAGUGGCUGAUGUGUCUCCAGACUCAGAUGAGUUUGUGUUGGAGCUGAUGACCCAGUGCGAGCUGAAGUUGCAGUUACUGCAGGAGGAGCUUCAAGGCAAAGAUCUGGCUGCUAUUAUGAAGGAGAUGGAGAAAGAGGAGUUCUACAUCAGGAUUGAGAGGAAACUGCCUACUUGCAACACCCGAGUCAAGCUCCCUGAGGACCAAGGACUGGACCUCUUCAACGAUGAGGUUGAGAGCGAAGAGGACGAGGUUGACAUCAUCUCACGGGAGGAACUGAAGCGCCAGUCUCAGCUGAUCAUUGACUCUAAGUCCAAGAAGAAGCCUUGGAAGAAGAAGAAGGGCAAGUUCUGAUCCAGCACCAGAGUCUCAAUACUUUGAAGAAAUAAGGAACAAAAACUGAUUUAAGUGUAAAAUUAGCUUAUGUUGAGGAGAAAGAACUUAUAAUGACUUUCCCUGGUCUCACAUUGCUAUUUUAACCAAUUAAUGUUUCAUGUCUACAGUUCCAGUAGCUUAAUGCUGGUUAUUAGUGGAUUUGUUGUGACAGCAAUAAUGUUCUCUGUCAGGUGUCACUGUUGCACCAACACUCAUCACUCCACCUCUUUUUCACUGUUCAGAGUUAACACCCUGCAGCCUCACGGAAAACCAAUAAAAUCAAUCAGAACAAUGCUCUAACUUUUUUUUGAUAACUCUGUUUUUAUGAUACACAGCUGUGCAGUGUGUAGGAGAGAUGACUAAUCUAGUUUUUCUCUUUAAAUAUAGUGGAUUUAUCUUAAAGACAUGAUGCACUGUAGCCUGCACUGAAAAUCCAACACCUGUGACAAACCCAGGUGAAUCGCGUCAAAACUAAAGACACUCAUGUUUUGUCUGGAAUGUAACAUAGGAUUCAAAGCUGCACGUGAAGCCACCCCUGUGUGUAGACAUGUAGCAUUAACACCUGAACUAUCUCUGCUAUGUUCAGUAUCUCACUAAUGAUUCUGCCUCUGCUCAAAUGCUCUGCGGUUGUUAGAGCCAGCUCUUGGAUGUUAGGUGGAGUGUCUUGUUCUAUGAGUUUCUUGCACAACAAUAAAUAUUCAUACCUGAAUGUCAUAGAAUGGUGUUCUCUCUCUGUAACCAUCUGACAGCUCUGACUGAGUUACACAAUGUAACCACAACUCUUGGCUGUGAACAAAAACUCUUUGACUGAUUGAUUGGAGCACAAGAAUUAGGUGCUUCUUUGUGUGUGUACAGUACUAGGAGAGGUGAAAAUACAGGCAGCUGUGCUUGUAGUAUGUGCUCAUAUGCAGCUGGA